AUGUCACUUAAAACACACCUUCUUCUUACUGUUUACUUGUUAUUCUUCCUCAACAUCACCGCCAAAAGUGCCGAAGUGACAUUCAAAAACGUGAGUCUUUUCAAAUCACGCGUGUCUCCAUUUGCCACUAUUCCAUCAUCAAACACUCUCAAGGAAUACCUCCCCAAGGAAAACGUCUUCUCGAUCACCGUGGUAGGGGAAAUUCCCGUUCUGCGUAAAAACUCAGUCACGGAUAUCAGCACAGUGAAGAUACUCGAGUUCAUGGGAAACGGACUGAAAGAAAUCGAGCCUGGAGCUCUCGGAAAUUUACACCGAAUGAUAAAACUCAGUUUUAACCACAACAAUCUCACUACGAUCAACGAAGACGUCUUCGAUAACUUGCAAAUCCACGAUUUGGAUCUUGAAGAUAACCAAAUUGCGACGAUUCCAUCUGGAGCGUUGAAAAACUUACCACAAUUGACGACAUUGUAUCUGGGGAAUAAUCAGCUCAGAAGUCUCGACGAUGGCGUUUUUGACAGGCUGGACAACCUGGAAAAUUUGGUUAUUUCGGGAAAUUCGAUUUCGACGCUCCCGGAAAAAUUUUUCAGAAACAUGCCCAAGCUAAAGAUGGUGUUUUUGGGGAACAAUAGUUUAAAAAAAAUGCGGAAGGAAAUUUUCCAAGAUUCUAAAAUCGAAUAUUUGGAUUUGUCUUCGAACGACAUUGCUUCACUUUCUGAUGAUUUCUUCCAACAUUUGCCACAUUUGAGGGGGAUCGUUCUGAACCACAAUCACAUAACUGCGGUUCCAAAGGGGAUUUUCAACCACCAGAAUUUGGAUCAGGUGCAAAUUACCCAUAACGAAAUUUCGUCCAUCGACCCUGAAGCCUUCGACGACAUGCCGAAACUGGCGAAUAUUUAUUUGGUCAGUAACAAAAUCAAGGUGUAUAACCCCAACUGGUUCCACAACACCCCCAAUAUUUUCCGUUUAUUUCUUUCCUACAACCAGAUGGAAGAAUUACCGGAUGAAGCUUUCAAGAAUAUCUACAACCACAAAAAGCAGUGGAUCAAACUCGAUGGUAACAAAAUUAAAAACGUAACACCGAGGACGUUCAAGGGUUUUAAGAACAUUCUGAAUCUGAACCUGGUCCACAACGAAAUUGAAAAAUGGGAUGAGAAUUUUUUGGCGGAUGCCGAUGUCGUGAUCUAUCUUAAUUUGCAAGAUAAUAAAAUUACGUGUCCUGAAGGAAAUUUUGAUGAAAUUUUUAAAGCAAAUUUCACGUAUUUGUCGUUCAAUCCUUUGACGAAGGAGUGCGUGGGGAAAAUUAAGGAGUGGAGAACACAAAAUCCAAAUAGAGUUGUAUCGGCCGAAUAUGUCUAA